AUGGUCAAUGUUGUUGUUGUUGGAGCGCCUGUUGGUGAACCUCGGAAGUGUGAUCGGAGCAAAACAGUAGGUCAGGUGCUCGAUGAAGUUGUUACAGAUUCUGCUGGACGUGCAAAUUCUUGCAAGUUUUUCAGCCUUCUUUUUUUAGCUCUUCGUAAUGCAAAGCCUUUCAUUCCUUUUAUGGGGGAUAUCUUGACAGAAAGUAUGAAGUUAUCUGAUAUACCGAAACUGAAAGAUUCUUAUACGUUGCUUGUGAUGCAGAGACCAAUCGUUAAAAAGGAAGCGAUUCGUUUUGACAACACUAAGUUCCGCGAGUGUCGGAAAAUGUUGAAACUAAAUAAUGGGCGCAAGUUUUUUGAAAUGUUAAAUACAAGUCUACAAGACGAGAAGUACUGUGCAUCUAUUUACGACAGGUUUCCUGCAUUGAAACAAGACUGGGUAGCAGAUAGGAUAUUUCAAGAUUAUUCUGUUUGCAGCAUUUUUUUGAGGCCCUCAAGUGAAUGUAAAGUCUUCUUUGAGAAACAUCCAGUUCUGGUCGAAGUUUAUUAUCAUAUUUUGACUGAGCUUGUACAACGAGCAAACUCCACAUUCGAACCUGUGGUAAAUGCAGAUUCCAAUCCAUUUUUUCCAUUUCCAUUUGGUUCACAUACAGAAGCAGCAUCAACGUCACAAAACUCAAAUUCAACUCGACAGUUAAUUACGCAUGACAUGCUUCGUCAGGCGAUGGCUGGUGCUUUGGCAAAUGUGAAUCCUCUAGCAAGUGCAAGCAGUUCAUCUGUGGGAAGUACCAGCAAUGCUGCGUAUGCCACUCAACUAGCUGAGCUUGAAAGCCUUGGUUUCACGGACGUUGAACAAAAUAUCAAUGCUCUAGAGGCUACAAAUGGCGAGGUCGCGCAGGCUAUAGAGCUUCUUAUCGUAAUGCGUGAAUCAAUGCAAAAUUAA